AACGAUACCGUUUCUCAAAGCAGUCGAUUCUGCAUUUAUUUGGCAAUUCUGUGACUUCGCUUUUUGUCGGAGAUUGUGAAAGUGGAGAAUGUAUAUCUCAUUAGUCAGUGUGGUAUUCAUGCCCUUGUUGCUCAUGGUAACCUAUUUAGGAUGUAUGUCAAGAGGUGAUAUUACAGAGGAACUUCCACUCUAUAGGGAAAAGGUCAAGGCAAUGUUUCAGUUUGCCUAUGAUAGUUACUUGGAGCAUGCCUUUCCAUACGAUGAGCUUCAACCUUUGACCUGUGACGGCACAGAUACAUGGGGCAGCUAUUCAUUGACUCUUGUUGAUGCCCUGGAUACACUGGUCAUCUUAGGUAACCAUACUGAGUUUCAGAGAGUUGCCAAUUUACUCGUCGAUCAUCUGUCAUUUGAAGAUGACCUCAACGUUUCUGUUUUUGAGACCAAUAUAAGAGUGGUAGGUGGUCUGCUAUCCUCCCAUCUUCUUUCUCAUAGAGCUGGCAUGGAUGUGCCAUCUGGUUGGCCAUGUCAAGGUCCACUCUUAGACAUGGCUGAGACAGUAGCAAGGAAACUACUUCCAGCCUUUGACACCCCCACUGGCAUGCCAUACGGCACUGUGAAUCUUCUUCAUGGGGUACCCAAAGGAGAGACAGCGGUGUCCUGUACCGCUGGUAUUGGUACCUUCAUAGUAGAGUUUGGUACCCUGAGCCGACUCACCGGUGACCCUGUCUUUGAGGAGAAGGCUCUCAGGGCUUUGGAUUCACUUUGGGGCUUCAAGUCAGAAGUGGGAAUGGUUGGGAAUCAUGUCAAUAUCCAGACCGGGAAAUGGACCGCUCUAGAUUCUGGAAUAGGUGCAGGAGUUGACUCUUACCUUGAGUACUUAGUGAAAGGGAGCCUUCUUCUGGGAAACCAACAACUCAUGGAUAUGUUUAAAGAAUAUGAGAAAGUGAUCUACCAGUACUCCAAGAAAGAUGAUUGGUAUAUGUGGGUCAACAUGAUGAAAGGUCAGGUCACCAUGCCAGUCUUUCAGUCUCUAGAUGCGUAUUGGCCAGGUUUACAGAGUCUGAUAGGGAAGAUAGACAGCGGCAUGAAAACACUACACAAUAAUCAUCAGGUGUGGCGGCAGCUGGGAUUCCUACCAGAGUUUUACAAUAUAGUCAACAGUAAGGCAGUUGAUAAGCGAGAGGGCUAUCCACUCAGGCCAGAGUUUGUAGAGAGUGUGAUGUAUUUAUACCAAGCUACGAAAGAUCCUUUCCUACUUCAGAUGGGCCGAGAUGUGUUAACUUCCAUAGAAACUACCAAGACAGAGUGUGGCUAUACCAGUGUAAAAGAUGUCAGGACCCAUAGGUUGGACAACCGCAUGGAGUCCUUCUUUCUGGCUGAAACUCUCAAGUAUCUCUACCUUCUCUUUGACCCGGACAAUUUCAUCCACCAAGAUGGAGGCCAAGCCAAAAUUGUGGACACGCCCCACGGUAAAUGUUUCCUUGGGACUGGAGGGUAUAUCUUCAACACCGAGGCACACCCUAUAGACAUUGGGGCCCUAUCGUGCUGCGGCAGUGCAACCGAUGAGUACUCCAGGAUAGAGCAUGCUUUGAGGACGUUAAACCGAAGGAAAGAUCGGUUGAAGUGGAUUCAGAAUUAUAUCAGGGAGGAUUCAAGCGAUGGCGGCAGACAUUUGAGUCAGAGAGGACUGAACUCAGCCGUCAAUUGCUCAGCCCAGCCAUUCCAUGCCAGGAUGUCAAUAUUGGGAGAGAUGUUUUCUGAUUUAGAAUGACUGCAUUCCAGUGCUGUAUGUUAUGGUCAUGAUAUUGGAAUUGUCAUGACACCAAACUUCAAUGAAUAGAGUCCCCAAGUGUGACAUCUCCAAAUUUCUUUUAGGGGAAGUUCACCCUGAAGAAAACUUUGUUGUA